UGCUACACUACGACCAUGCAGGGAGAAACGGGGUUUUCACUUUGAAUUGAAUACCUUUCAAAACCCAUGACACAGUCAGUAAAAUGUAUGUGCAUACUUGGGUGUGGCACAUACCAUUUAUAAAAAUAAAACAGCGCAAGAUCUCCUAUCAUGAUGAUGAGAGAUUGGCAAAUUCCAUGAGUAUGCAGACGUUGACGCAUUCAAUACAAUGGAAGAGAAGCAAUCAGGGGAAUGUACACACUUCUUGAAAGUGCUGAGGCGUAGAGCUGAAAAGUUGAAACGAAGUUCAAGUAGAAGUUAGCUUUAAUCAGUAGAUAUAUGUAUCCUAAUUACAAAGAUAGCAUCUGUUUUAUUGAUCUGCUCGUAUGGGAAGAGAAAUUAAAACGGUAUGCAGCCUUCUUCCCAAACAUAGGGACCUCCGCUGAACUGUACUUUCGGAUGCGUACGUGCUGAAGUGGGUUCCUAGUCCACAAAGCUCAUCUCAAAGUCAGAGUUUUAGAGGGAUGUUUGGAAAGCAGAGAUUAUGAUGGGAAAUGGUAUCGAUAUCUUGUUUCCCAUCACGUGCUCUCUCCUACAUUCAUCAUGGCGCUCUGAUUCUAUACAAACUCUUGGGCCGGAGAAAAACCCACACUGCCCUUUUCCCUCAAGUCUUCUCUCAAAGAUAUACCAAUCCAGAACCACUUGUUUCCAGUCUAAUUCUCGCCAUAAACUCUUGUUCUUCCGUCUCGCACUGCCGGGCAAUUCACGCCCGCGUUGUCAAAUCGGUAAAUUAUAGCGAUGGGUUUAUUGGUGAUCAGCUGGUGUCUAAUUACAUCAAGUUUGGCGGUACAGAAGAUGCACAGAAGUUGUUUGAUGAAAUACCUAGCAAGGAUGUGGCCUCCUGGAAUUCUUUAAUUUCCCGAUUUUCUCAAAAAGGCUUUGUUGGCAAGUGCAUGUGUGCACUUUUCAGGAUGAAGUUUGUGAUGGGAAUGAAACCUAAUGAGGUUACGCUCUUAUCUGUAAUCCCAGCCUGUACCGAUGUGGGAGCUCUAGAUGUAGGCAAGUACAUUCAUGGUUUUGCGCUGAAAAUGGGUAUGUUGUUGGAAAUUAAGGUUGCUAAUUCUAUUAUCAAUAUGUAUGGAAAGUGUGGUUAUUUAGAUGCGGCAUGUCAAUUAUUUGAGGCAAUGCCUAUCAGGAAUAUUGUUUCCUGGAAUUCUAUGAUUAUGGUUUACAACCAAAAUGGAUUUCCAGAGGAAGGAGUGGGCUGUUUUAAUUUGAUGAGAUUGGCUGGAGUUGAGCCUGAUGAAGGUACUGUGGUGGCCUUGCUUCAGGCUUGUGAAGAUUUAAGUGUAGGAAAACUAGCAGAGGGCAUUCAUGGUGUAAUUUUCAGUCGAUGUCUCAAUGCAAAUGAAAGAAUUGCAACUGCACUUUUGAAUUUGUAUGCCAAGUUAGGGAGAUUAAAUGCAUCACACAAGGUUUUUGGAGAGAUGAUUAAUCCAGAUAGGGUAGCUUGGACAGCCAUGCUUGCAGGCUAUGCUGUGCACGGGUGUGGAAGAAAAGCAAUUGAGCUCUUCGAAAGCAUGGUCAAGGAAGGUUUGGUUCCUGAUCAUGUGACCUUCACGCAUUUGUUAAAUGCUUGUAGCCAUUCAGGAUUUGUCAAGGAGGGGAAGUAUUACUUCAAGAUCAUGUCUGAAGUAUAUAGAAUUGAACCCCGGAUGGAUCACUACUCCUGCAUGGUUGAUCUUCUUGGUCGCUCUGGUCUUCUGAGUAAUGCUUAUGACCUGAUUAUACAAAUGCCAAUGGAGCCGAAUUCUGGAGUCUGGGGGGCCCUCCUUAGUGCUUGUCGGAUUUAUGGUAACAUUGAACUUGGGAAAGAAGCCGCAGAGCGACUGAUAGCUUUAGACCCAUCAGACCCCAGAAACUAUAUCAUGCUUUCCAAUAUAUACUGUGCUGGUCAUCUAUGGAAAGAUGCAUCGAAGGUAAGGACUUUAAUGAAGGACAGAGGUGUGAUCAGAAACCCUGGCUGCAGUAUUAUUGAACAAGGAAACAAAAUCCACCGCUUUGUAGUAGGCGAUCGAUCUCACCCCGAGUGGGAGAAGAUACGUGUUAAAUUGGAAGAGCUGAUUAGAAAAAUCCGAAAGGUUGGAUAUGUGUCUAAGACAGAAUUUGUUCUACAUGAUGUUGAAGAGGAGGUUAAAGAGGAUAUGAUCAAUGAGCACAGUGAGAAGCUAGCCAUUGCAUUUGGCCUUUUGGUGACUAAUGCAGGCCCUUUAAUUAUAACAAAGAAUCUUAGAAUAUGUGGUGACUGUCACAACACUGCAAAGUUCAUAUCACUGGUCGAGAAGCGUACUAUCAUCAUACGAGAUUCAAAGCGAUUUCACCACUUUGAUAAUGGAUCGUGCUCUUGUGGUGAUUAUUGGUGAUACUCUCCAUCACUAAAUGAUUUACAGAUUACAGCACGAUGUUCAUCUGUCAGUCCCUGAAAUCAGCAAUCUUUUCUUGUAAGGGAUCAGGAUCUAGUUUCUUUCUUUCCCUCCCUCUCUCUGAAUCCAACUCCCAUCAGCUACAAGUUCUUAACAAAACGAGAUGAAUUCCUAACGGAAAAUAUACUCUUUCUUUUUUGUCACUAACUGGUUUCGGUUCCAUGUCAAUAAUAAUAAUAAUAAUAAUAAUAAUAAUAAUAAUCUGCUUAGGUUCAAUUAAAGUAUUUGGAAUUUUAAACAAGGUUUGCAUGAACACA